AUGCGUCAGCUCCGCGAUGGCAUAGUGGCGCGAGUCACGGAAAAUGAAGCUGUUUCAGAAGUCUUCGCAGUGACUAACGAAGUGAAGCAGGGCUGCGUCCUCGCGCCUAUUCUCUUCAGUCUCAUGUUAUCUUCCAUGCUGAUGGACGCCUACAGUAACGAACGUCUCGGGAUCCGCGUCGCCUACAGGACAGGUAGCCACCAUCUCAAUCAGCGACGGAUGCACUUCCAGUCGCUUGUAUCCACAACUGCCGUUCAUGAACUUCUCUUCGUCGACGACUGUGCCCUCGACACCACCUCGGAAGGGGACAUGCAAAGGGGCAUGGAUCUCUUCGCUGCCGCCUGUGAGAACUUCAGCCUGAUCGUCAACACGAAGAAGACGGUGAUUAUGCAUCAACCACCACCCGACGGUGCCUAUGUCACACCCCGAAUCCGCGUGAAGAACGUCCAGCUGUAAGUGGUGGACAACUUCACAUAUCUGGGCAGCACUCUCUCCCGCAACACCAAAGUCGACGAUGAAGUGGCCCACCGCAUUUCCAUAGCCGUCCAAGCCUUCGUCCGACUGCAGACCAACCUCUGGAACCGUCACGGUCUCCACUUCAACAUCAAGCCGAAGAUGUACAAGGCCGUCAUCCUGCCUACGUUGAUGCAUGGAGCGGAGUCUUGGACGACGUACAAGAAUCAGGUAAGCAGACUUAACCACUUCGACCUCAGUUGUUUACGUCGUAUACUGAAGUUGCGGUUGGAGGGCCGGAUCCCCGACACGGAUAUACAGGAGCGGGCGGGAAUCCUCAGCAGUUACUCCACGCUGAGGCAACUGCAACUGCGUUAA